ACCCAGCGGUGGCGGGAAACGUGGGAAUGGCAGAGCUGCUCGACUCGGAUGCGGGCAGCGAUGUGGAGGUGGUGCUCACGCCGGCUCAGCUCAUCUGCAGUUUGGAGGAGGCUUGGAUGAAUGAGAAAUUUGCCCCGGAGCUUCUAGAAAGCAAAACGGAAAUUGUUGAAUGUGUCAUGGAACAGCUGGAACACAUGGAAGAGAAUUUGAAACGAGCCAAACAAGGGGACCUAAAAAUUAGUAUUCACCGCAUGGAGGUAGAAAGGAUCCGUUACGUUCUCAGCAGUUACUUGCGUUGCCGACUCCGGAAGAUUGAGAAAUAUUUCCCCCAUGUCCUGGAGAAAGAAAAGACUCGGGCAGAAGGAGAACCUUCCAUCUUGUCCCCAGAAGAGUUUGCCUUUGCCAAAGAGUACAUGGCAAACACAGAGAACCAUCUCAAAAACGUUGCACUGAGACAUAUGCCUCCAAACCUUCAGAAAGUGGAGUUCCUUAAGGCUGUUCCCAAGCCCAACCUGGAUGCCUUCGUCUUCUUGAGAGUAAAGGAGAGACAAGAAAAUAUCAUGGUGGAACCAGAGCACGAAGACAGAGACUAUGUGAUUGACUUGGAUGAAAACUCCCAACAUUUAAUCCGCUACAAGACAAUUGCUCCCUUGGUGGCCUCUGGGGCAGUUCAGCUCAUUUAGACCAGAUGGAUUUCUUUGCCGAGAUAAUAAUCAAUCCUAAGACUGAGCUGCAUGCCGUGGGGAACCAAUGCGUGAUAAUUAACCUUGGGAAUUUAAUUCAACGGGUUUGAUUCCAGCAUCGGAUGCCCGAACUGGCUGCUUGCGCUGCUGAAGCAAGGGUGGUGCGAUUCCAUCCCUGGGAAAUAGGGUCCUAUCCACACCAAAGAAGGGGAAGGUGCUGGCAUUGGAGAAAAGAUUUGGAAAAUGGAACAGUCCAGCUCAGCAACUUAAGGACAUAUCAUUACCUGUCCAGCAGGUGGCAGUAGGGCCAGGUUCAAGCAAUGGAAUUAAAAUAUGAAAUUGUAUAGCAAAGUGUGGGUAACUUUUUUAAAAUCUAGGACAGAGGUCUCCUAACUUGGCAACUUUAAGGCUUGUGGACUUCAACUCCCAGAAUCCCUCUGGCUGA